ACAACACUCUGCAGCUGUUCAUGUCUCAAAGCCUUCUAUGCUUCCUCGGAUUUACCGUGUAUAUAACUCUGCAACUUUUACGUUCAAAAUGACUGACGAGCAACACUCUCCGUCUCAAUAAACGACAUCUGUUUUUAUGAAACGCUGUUAAAACCAUCUGAAGCCAUGAAUUGGCCAGAUAUAAUCCUCAUUCUAUUGGCUGUCAAUCUGGGUGACCUCAUCACUGGCCCUACCCUAUGCCACGCCUCUCAAAAGCGUCAGAAAUCCGAAUGCCAGGUGCGAAACGGCUGGGCGGACUGCAGCCACCUCCGCCUCAAGGAGAUCCCUCCCAACCUGCCCUGGAAUAUCACCGGCCUGGAUGUCUCCCACAACAGGCUGGUGGAGCUACCCCCAGCAUCGCUGGCCACUUACCCUGGGCUUGUGCACCUGGAUGUGGGCUUCAACAGCCUCACCAAGCUGGAGGACAGCCUGUGUCAGACCCUGGGCCUGCUGAGGACACUGACCGUACAGCACAACGAGGUACAUUGGCUGAGGGAGAAGGACCUGAGCAACUGCACCAAUCUGACAGAGCUUAACCUGGCUGGCAACAGGUUGAAGCUACGGGGAGAGCCCUUUGCUGCCUUACAGAGUCUGACACUGCUGGACGUGUCCAAAAAUGACCUGAAGACAGCCAACUUGGGCACCCGCCUUCAGCUUCCAAGCCUGGUGACUCUCAUCUUGUCUAGCAACAGCAUAUCAACCUUCAAAAAGGAUGACUUCUAUUUUCUCAGUAAUUCCUCAUCCCUACGAGUCCUCCACCUGUCGAAUCUAACAACUCUAGCAAAGUUUGAGCCUGAUUGCUUGAAGCCCAUUGCAAGCAUAUAUGAGUUAGUCAUGAAUGGGAGCAAACUUGGCCCUUCACUCACGUCUAAACUCUGCACAGAGCUUUCUGGGACAGCGAUCCGCAGCCUCUCCCUCCAAAAGACACAGCUAGUUACACUAGACAACACCACCUUCAAAGGCCUGGGGAAGACCCACCUCACUACUUUGGAUCUAUCCCACAACAGCAUAGCUAAGAUCGGGGAUGGUUCUUUCCAGUGGCUGUCCAUGCUGGAAGUUCUUUCUCUGGAGCAGAACAACCUCAAGCGCCUGACUAAGAACACUUUCAACGGGCUGGGGAAUCUGACACGGCUCAACCUGAAUAUGGCGCUGGUGAAGAGUCGCACUUCUUCUUACCCUAUUAUCGACGACUUCUCCUUCCAGCCACUAAGGGCACUGGAGAGCCUGAGCAUGGAGAAUACUGCCUUUCGAAACAUCUCGGUGCUCACCUUUGCGGGUUUGAUGAGUCUCCGCCAACUCCACCUGAGUAGGACCAGCUGCAUGUCGCUCAAAAUCAUCACCAACCAGACCUUUGUGUCCCUCGCAGGUUCACCACUUCUUAUGCUAAAGCUUACAAGCACAGCAAUCUCCCGUCUAGACCCUGGAGCCUUCUCCAGCCUGGGCAAUCUCACCACCCUUCUGCUGGGCAACAACUCCAUCUCCCAGACCCUGACGGGGAAAGAGUUCCAGGGUUUGGGCCAGCUACAGGAGAUCUACCUCUCUAACGGCAACCAGAAGCUCAUCCUCAGCCCUAUGUCGUUUGUCCAUGUGCCCGCUCUCAGGACUCUGAUGCUGGGGAGAGCUCUGACCAGCACCCUGUAUAUGAAUACCUCUCCGUUCAAGCCUCUGUCCAACCUCACCAUCCUGGACCUCAGCAACAACAACAUCGCCAACAUAAAAAUUGAUCUUCUUGAUGGACUAGAGAAUCUGAAGGUGCUGAAGUUUCAGCACAACAACUUGGCCCGGCUGUGGAAGAGUGCUAACCCAGGUGGGCCGGUGCUGUUUCUUAGGGGGCUCCGCAGCCUUGUUGCCCUGGAGAUGGACUUCAACGGUCUGGAUGAGAUCCCCGAUGAGGCCCUUCAUGGAUUAACCAACCUUCAAGAGCUCAGCCUCAGUGGGAACAUCCUGAACCAACUCAGGGACUCAGUCUUCAACGACUUGGGGUCGCUCCGGGUGCUUCGGCUCCAGAAGAAUCUAAUCACGUCGGUGAGGAAGGAAGUGUUUGGGCCGGCUUUGGCCAACCUCAGCCAGCUGGUCAUGGAGAAGAACCCGUUCGACUGCACCUGCGAGAGCAUCCUGUGGUUUGUGGCGUGGCUGAACGGAACAAACGCCAGUGUGCCGGGCCUCAGGGAUGAGUAUGUGUGCAACACGCCGCAAGCCUACUACAACCGCUCGAUCAUGGAGUUUGACAGGCUCUCCUGCCAGGACAUGACACCAUUCCAGGCGCUCUACGUGCUCACCAGCACUGCGGUCCUGACUUUAAUGGUGACCUCACUCCUAGUGCGCUUCCAGGGUUGGAGGAUUCAGUUCUACUGGAACGUUCUGAUCAACCGUACGCUCGGAUUGAGCGACGCCAGUUCCGGGGAGGGGAGAGAGUUCAACUACGACGCGUACGUCAUUCAUGCUGCAAAGGAUAAAACCUGGGUGGAACGAAGCUUGCUCCCUCUAGAGGACGAACAGGGGUAUACAUUUUAUCUGCAGGAUCGAGAUGCAGUGCCAGGUGAUUCGCGACUGGAGUCCAUUGUGGAGAAUAUGAGAAGGUCCAGGAAAAUACUAUUUGUGGUCACCGAAACUCUUCUCGAAGACUCCAUGUGUCGACAGUUCAUGGCCCACCACGCCCUGCACCAGGUGAUCGAGGACAGCCGGGACUCGGUGGUGCUGGUCUUCCUGGAGGACGUGCAGGACUACAAGUUGUCCCGCUGUCUGCUCCUGCGCAGGGGCAUGCUUCGUCCAAAUUGCCUCCUCAACUGGCCCCUGCAGAGGGAGAGGGUGCCCGCCUUCCACCAGAGGCUCCGCAUCGCCCUGGGCACCACCAACCGAGUGCAGUAACUUUCUCCAUGCCAUUAUGCUUAGAAGUGUACUGACAAUUUUACUUCAGCCAAAUCAAAUAUAUUGGUUGCGUACUCAUUUUCCAGAUGUUAUCACAGGUUCAGUGAAAUGCUUAUGUUUCUAGCUCCAACAGUGCAGUAAUACCUAGCAAUACAAACAAAUCCCCAAAAUGUAAAGAAAGAAAUGUCAGAGUUUGGAAUAUGAAUAUAUACUGUAUGCAUUUGAUGGUGUGUAUGGACACUAUAUGAAUAGAAAAGGUGUGCACGGCAGUAGUUCAAUUGGAUAAGCCUUGACUAGAAUACAGUAUAUACUGUACAUAUGAAGUGUGUCAAACAGGAUGUAACAUUAUUAUAGCAACCAGUGUUCAAUGACUCUAAGGUGCAGGGUAGAGUACCAGGUGGUAGCCUGCUAGUAACAGUGACUAAAGUUCAGAGCGGGAUACUGGGCGGAGGCCGGCUAGUGGUGACUGUUUAACAGUCCGAAGGCCUGGAUAUAGAAGCUGUUUUAUCAGUCUCUCGGUUUUGAUGCACCUGUACCGUCUCUGCCUUCUAGACUGUAGCGGGUGAACAGGCCGUGGCUCAGGUGGCUGAGGUCCUUGAUGAUCUUCUUGGCCUUCCUGUGACACCGGGUGCUGUAGAUGUCCUGUAGGGCAGGCAGUGUGCCCUCCAGGACAUCUGACCACACCACCCUCUGGAGAGCCCUGCGCUUGCCGACUGUAUUAUUACGUUUAUGUAAUACUUGGCUAUAUUUCUUAAAUAAUGACAGUGGGUGCAAGGGUGUGGAAAGUGUGCAAAACUGUUGCUCUCAUUGUAUGGUUCAGAGUCAAGUUAGCGGUGUGCACUACUGUAGCUUUCAUUCAGUGGCUAAGAUUUUAAGGAAGUGUACUUGAAAGUACAAUACUGUAGGUUUCAAACAAUGGUCGAGGAUACAAGGAAGUGUACACUAGAAAGUGUGCAAUAUUGCACGUCUCAUUUAACCGCUGAAUGAGAAAGUAAGUGUACUGUUUCAGUAGCCAAGUGACAUGCAAAAGGUGAAAUCUAAGCAAGCCUAAAUAUCUUAGAAUAUUGAGGAAUUGAUAAGAAAAAUAUUUUUUCAAAUAGAAGAUGUGUUUUUUCUUACCAAGCUAAAUGAUUGAUGAAAUAAAAAAAAUUCUUAGCAAGCUAAAUUAUCUAACGUCAUUUAGCUUCGUAAGAAAAAACACAUAUCACCAAUUGUAAGUGAAUUAUCAGUCAAUUGAAACCAUGAUUGGUUUCAUCUGGGUCCAUCUGUGCAGAGAGCUGCCGCUGAUCGUUGACUGAUCUACAAAUCAUAAUGAGUAGUUAUUUACAAGGUGAUUUGCAGAUCACUGACAGAGUAGAUCAUUGACUUAACAAAAUGCUUUAAAAUGUGGUUUCAUGGUCAAUUACAGUAGGGUUAUUUUACAGCAUUACUUUAGUAUUGCUAGCAGGAGUAUUACAACUACACUGUAAAAUAACCCACUAUUGCACUCAUUAACCAUGUAAUGUUCUCUUCAUAACCAAAAUGUCAGAUGAACUUAGAACUUUAACAUACCUACAUAUUCUUGUUUUUCCACUGUGGGAACUGCUUUAAUUAGGUAAUUUCAGGUUAAACUCUAUAUUUAAAUAUAUUUGUUUCAGCACUUUUGUACACUUACUUGAAAGUUAGAAUUUUGUUUAAUAGAGUAUGGUUCAACCAAAAUCUCUUUGUAUUCGUCGCAUGAGACGUAGUGUUGAUUUGAGUGAACUGCAAGUAUAUUUGAACACAUUCUGGGGGUUUUUCCAUCUGUAUGCUAUUCAGCAUGUCUUUUUAAAGUUUUCAGUAAAGUUGGAUUCUGCC